ACAGCCGAUGCGUGCAUCCUUUACAAGAAGAAGUCUUGCUGUGGUCACGUGCUACGAGCGGUGCGCUAGCAUGACGGGUAGUACCACCUGUGCCGCACGAGUACGUACAUCGCUGGAGGAGAUACCUACAUCAUUGUUCCGCUUCCAGGAAAUCCGCCGCCCUGGACCCACAAAGCCACAACGGAGCCGUUAUUCAUCCGCAACGUCCACAUGGGAUCCUCAAAUCUUGGCGACGGAAGGAAAACUAUGGGAGGUGGACUUGACGAGCGGGGAGGGCGACGGCAGGCGAGGGGUCAUACAAUUAGCUGGGCCUGAGGCACCAAAACUAGUCCAAGGAUUGAUAACCAACGAUAUUAUCCAUUUGACGGGAAGUAAAGCGUCUUUAGCUGCUGGAUUUUUGACAAACAAAGGUCGGCUCAUCACCGAGAGUGUCAUCACCAUUGCAACCGAUGCCAAAGAAGCCCCGCACGGUGGUCCGGACAAAUUCUUCUUGGACGUGCCUAUAGACGUCAAAAAGGGGCUUUUACAACAUCUGCGCCUCUUUAAAUUACGGUCUAAAGUCACGAUCACAGAUUUAUCCUCGACAGCACGCGUGUGUGCACUAGUCGGUUUGCCGCAUGCUCGGGUUUCUGAUUUGGAGCGAGUUCGAGAGCAUUGGAGUGCGCGUGGCGCGGAGGUGUUGGGCCUGGGACCCGAUCCUCGCGUCAUGUUGGGAGAUCGAUUCCCUUUAGGCAUCCGAGGCAUCAUCCAUUUCCCCGAUCCCUCCUCGCCCCCGUCAUCAUUGCCCUCAUCGGCCCGGCCCUUGCCCUGCACGCAGGAAGCGCGCGAGGCCUUGGAGGCUUUAAGGUUCCUGUACGGCGUGGGAGAAGGCCCCGACCUGGUGGAACGCCUUCCAUCAGAAUGCAAUCUAGACCUGACCCACGCCAUCAAUUUUCACAAGGGCUGCUACCUCGGCCAAGAGCUGACUGCCCGGACGCAAUUCAAAGGCGUGAUUCGGAAGCGCCUAUUGCCUGUGUUCCUCUUCCCAGACUCCCUCCCUCCUCCCUCGUCCAAGGUAGAGGCAGACAUGCA